AUGUAUACAGACACCGAUGAUAUAUCUGACAGGGAAAGCGAGUAUGAGGAAAGGAGUCCCGAAGACAGUCCGAAAGUUACAAAGAAAUCUUUGUCGACCGUUGGUUUUCGUAGUAGCCCCGAAAAUUUAAAUAACAAGCCCAUGGCACUGCGAGCUACUCAAUCGUUUACCGGGGCAAUAGAGGAAUUGAAGGCGAAUUUUCAAAUUAAUCUUUGCGACCGAGUAACUCCCAUAAAAGUCACCACUGUAUGCCCUUGCGGAUGUCUACUAAGGCCUUGCGGCAACGGACCUUUUCGGACCAGAGAAAAAAAUACUUUAGCUCUUCACGUGGUUUCCCCCGAGGUCCUAAACUAUCACGGCUACAGUUUCGAGCCCAAUCAAAUCGCUAUGUUCUGGAAAAAAGAUUGCAGGAAAUUUCUUUGGAAAGGGAAAUCAAAAGUUAGCUCUUAGUAUGUUCAGUUAUGCAAAAUGUUUGAAAAUUUACAGUAAAGAUUUCGUAUUAAUAAAAGAUUAUUUAAGAUAUACUAUU